CAAAUAGAGCCAGGAGGAAACUCCCUUUCCUUCCUCUAUUAUUCUCUUUAAAAGUGAAAGCAUUUUAGAGAGGGAAAGAGGCAUUUUAGCUAGGAGAAGUCGUUUGGGUUUCAAGAAAGGAAACUGUGGAGAUGGGUGGAAAGAAAUUUGCUGUCCUUCACUGUGCAGAAGAUUCUGAGUAUGUGAAGAAGAAGUAUGGAGGGUAUUUUGGGGUGUUUGUGAGAAUGCUGGGGGAGGAAGGAGAAACAUGGGAUGUUUACAAAGUAGCUUGUGGAGAGUUUCCUGAUGAUGAUGAUGAGAUUAAAUCAUUUGAUGGAUUUGUCAUCACUGGAAGCUGCAGUGAUGCUCAUGGAAAUGAUGUUUGGAUCAGAAAGUUAUUGAAUCUGUUGAAUAAGUUGGUUUCCAUGAAGAAGAAAAUCCUGGGAAUUUGCUUUGGACACCAGAUACUGGCGCGUUCACUGGGAGGGAGAACUGGCCGUGCCAUCUCUGGAUGGGAUAUAGGAGUCACAGCCAUUCAUUUCCCAUCAUCAACAAAACUCUUCUCAUCAGUGAAAGUGCCUGCCUCGCUAUCUGUGAUCGAAUGCCACAGGGACGAGGUCCGAGAACUCCCACCAGAAGCAGAGGUGAUUGCAUGGUCUGAUAAGACUGGGAUUGAGAUGUUCAUGUAUGAAGAUCACAUCAUGGGAAUCCAGGGUCAUCCCGAGUACAACAAAGACAUCCUCUCUCAUUUGGUUGAUCGACUCCUUCAACGUAAUCUUAUUGUGGAAUCAUUUGCUGAUGAGAUCAAGGCAAAUUUAGAUGUACAAGAGCCAGACAGGGAGGCAUGGAGGAAGCUGUGCACCAAUUUCCUCAAGGGAAGAUUACCAUUAUAAGAAAAUUUCCAAGAAAAAGAAUAAAGAGAAAGUUGGGGGACUGGAAUGUAAAUAAUGAGAAAUGGUGAGCAUGUUUAGGCCAAAUCACAGUUUGGAUUAAGGGGGAUUUAGUUAUUAAGUUGGGAUUAAAUUAACUGUUGGCGUUUUCUUUUUAGUUAAUGUGAAAAAUGGUGAUUUGGCAUUUUGGCAAGUGGGGAUUAAUUGAGGAUUAACUUCUUCUAAAAAAAAAAUUACCAAGUUAUAUUUUUAUGUGAAGAAAUUCUCAGUCAUUAAAUUUAAAUUUGAUGGUUGAUUUA